AUGUCCGGCUCGUCCGCUCGUGGAAGCGUGAUCGAGCGUAUUCGCGCCAAAGCUAUAGAGUCUCGUGAGAAUGAUAGUGCGCGGCCCUCCAAUGGGGGCUCAAAGGCCCAGUGUGCCGCGAACAGUAUGCCAAGUUAUCCUGGUCUUGAGCGCUGGCGCUUGAUUGAGAAGAUUGGGGAUGGUGCGUUCAGCACGGUCUAUCGUGCGAGCGAUACCCAAUCCGAGUACAAUGAAGUUGCUGUCAAGGUCAUGAAGAAGUACGAGAUGAAUGAGACGCAAAAACAAAAGUUGGUCAAAGAGGUUGAGAUUGCUCGGAAACUCAAGCAUGAGAACGUCGUCCAUCUUAUCGACGCUUCCGAAACCCGCCAAUUUAGCUAUAUGAUUAUAGAGCUUUGCCCUGGAGGCGAACUAUACGACCAGAUUACCCAACUUACCUCUCUGGACGAGAACUUAAGCCGACAUGUCAUCAAGCAAGUCGGCAAGGCUGUUGAAUAUUUGCAUGAGACCAUGGGCAUCGUUCAUAGAGACAUUAAACCUGAAAACAUUCUAUUCUACCCACGGGUCGGUAACGAAAACGAUGACGAAGGAAAUAUCGGCGUGGUCAAGCUCGCAGACUUCGGCGAACAGAAGUAUACCACUGGUGUGGACAUGUGGGCUCUCGGCUGUCUGCUUUAUACCAUGCUAGGAGGUUUCCCUCCAUUCUUCGACGAGGACUUCCAGGCUAUGGCCCGGAAGGUCCUUCGAGGAGAGUACGAAUUUGCAUCUCCAAAUUGGGACCCCAUAUCAGAAGAAGCAAAAGAUUUGAUCAAUGGCCUCUUAGCUGUCCAUCCCGAAGAAAGAUUAAACAUUAAGGAAUUCCUUGCCCACCCUUGGAUUCGUCAAAACUCCGAUAGCAAGCCCGCGAGUCAUGCUUCCACGCCCGCAAUAGACACUCACGAUUUUGGAUCUCAAAUGAGUGCAGGGGCGCAGACGCCCCCGGACUUAUUCCAAGAAGCCAUCGAAAGCGCCCCCGGAACUCCCAACGCCCACACCCCGAACAUUCGAGACAUUUUCAACGUCGCCCUCUCUGUACAACAAUCAGAGCCCCGACGUGGACCGAGACACAUGUCGCAAGGUCCCAGGCCAGACAUGAAGCCAACAAGACCAAAGCCCAUAACCCGGUUUUCCGAUAUGACCAUGGAUAAUUGUACGCCUUCUGCGCUUGCACGGAGUCGACCACAGGCAGUAAAUCGCGCGAAGAGAAUGCCAUCGGCGAACGAAACUACGGCGGGUGAACGAUUCAACAAAACAGUCUCCACGCUCUCCAAUCUCAAUUUGAAUAACAGCGCGUUACUUGAGAAGAGGAGGGCGCGUGGCUGUGGCGGUACAUCCACACCGACUCAUUACUAG